AUUUUGCAUUUCGUUUUGGUUACUCUAUAGCAUUACCAGAGAUUGUAAAUUUCUGUUAGUUAACUCUAUGAUUCAAGGGAUUGACGAUGUCUGAACGCUAUCACAAAGGAACAUAUUAAUCCAAUUUAUGCACAGUCUGCUGCGGUAAAGAUAGUAGAAAGGAAAAAAAAACCUUGAUGAAAUCAUCGUCUCUACGGUUGCGUUUGCUAAUGCCGAAAACGAAGGCUAUCAAUAUAGAAUGUCCCAGAGUCCACCUAAUUACAUGGAUGGAGUCCCGGUGAAGAUAUCGGAGCGCUUUAAACCUCCUCCAAAGAUUACACUUCCGCAGAGUGUUAUAAAUCGAUUGGCACAGGUCGAAAAUGGUGUUGCCUUGCGAGCAGUGAUCGGCUAUGCAUUUGAGCUGGAGGAAACAGUACUUAAACGGAUUACUGAGUGGCGGGCGGUUAAGGAAAAGGAACGUGAUGAACGCGAUGAACGAGUGAGACUCAAGGAACAGGAACGGGCGAGAUUGGUAGAUGAAGAGCAAAAGCGUAAGUUGAACCAGAUUUCCUACCCUAACACCGAUGACCUUUCCAGUGCCAGUGAAGGCGAAGAUGAGCCAUCAGAGGAAAAUGAUGAAUCUUCGCCAUCGGGAUCGUCUGAGGAGCAAGUUCUCAAAAAUCAGACACCUUUAGUAGUUAGUUCUGGAACAGUGCAGUAUAGUCAUAUGAAUAAGUUUGAUACAAUUCUUAUGCCGACGGUACUCCCCGAGGUAGCGGCGGCGAUGAUAGGCGCCACUGGUAAAGUGAUCGAUUCUGGUACACCACUAAACUUCAGCAUUCCAAAGAAUACUAACCUGUUGAAUAAUAACAACAAUAACAUCUACAACAAGAUAAACUAUUCAGAUUUUGAAAAUGACACUUCCAGUCCUUUUGAUAACAUGGAGUUGAAAACUAUAAACGAUUUGGACAUUUUGGCUCAGGUUUAUAAUUUAAAUAUUUCUAAUUCUGGUUCAGUGCGAAGUCCUGAAGAUUCUAAUGAAAAGAAUGCCAAACCGCUUGAAAAGCGACAAGAUUUGAAUGUCAAACAUCAAUCUAACGAGACUUCUCCUGAACAGAGUACGAAUGUGACCACAACUCAGCAGCCGCCCGACUAUCAGCAACAGUCACAAUAUCCACAAGCAGUGUAUCUACCGAACCCUCAACAGCAAGUCCCAACAAGUGAUUAUUAUAAAUCUUACAACAGUUACCAGUAUAACUAUGGACAGUACGCUGCCUCUUCGACAGCUAGCUACGCUUCAGCAGAUAACCGCUUCCUUAGUCAAUACAAUUCCGCUGCUGGUACUUCCUAUCAACCAUCGGUUCAAUCUCAGUACCAACCUUUUAGCCAGGGUCUAGGAUCUAGCACUUACAAUUACUAUCCGUAUACAAGUUCCUCCAACAAUUCAACAACGCAGUCCACGUAUGCAAAUGCAUAUUUUUACUCCAACGCUUACGGUCAUCAAUCUCAGUUAAUGCCUGGUUACAACUAUUCAGCUCAAGGUAGUACGACCGUUGCUGAGACCCCGUCUACCGGCUAUGGUAGCGUGGUCGCUACUGAUGGCUCGAUGAGUGACUCUGUCGAGGUGUCCUCUAUGAGAUCUAAAUCUAAAAGUGUACCGGACAUUGUCCGCCAGCUGGACGAAGAAGUGAAAGACUCCGCACAGCGAAGAACACGAAACAAUAGUCAAUCUGUUGCAGAAAAGAAUCACCAAGAAGAGGAUAAGUCCAUUGCAAAAUCUGCAACCGCGCAGGACUUGACUCUAUAUAAUCGAUUAUCACCAAGCGAUCAGAAUCUAGUGAAACGUAUCGAGUCGAUGGGAUUCCCAUUAGAGCGCGUAGCGGCGGUGCUAAAACGAAUAGGACAUGAUGAUAAGAAGAUCGUGGAACAUCUGAUACCGCUUAGUGAGUUAUUGGAUCUGGGUUUUGAGGAAGAGAAAAUAUCUGAUGCGUUAGUCAAAUUCGACAACAACAAACACAAAGCAUUGGAUUAUUUAAUAUCGUAGUAUCGUAUACCGGAUAUAGGUAGUGUACUAUUUAUUUUUGGUAUAUGGUUGUCGCUCGACGCAGACAACGACGCGAUUGUGAUUGCUACGCGCAGGAAAUUAAAAACAUAUUUGUUCGAAAUUGAUGUAUAACGUGUAAACCAAAUCGAUUGUAGUAGCUAUUUUACACUAAUACUGAUGGAAACAUUCAAUUUAUAAUAGGCUUUGCUUGACCGAUGCCUUUAUUAGCCGACGUUAUAGAAAAUAUGUUGUACUAGCACUCGAAAUGCAUAUAGUGGAUAGGAUAAGAGCUGUGAGUGCAAAUGCCACUCUUUUGCGGUAUGAUAUUGAGGUUUACUUAUAAUUGACAUUGGAAAGUAUCUGCAGUAUAGGUAACUUUGUUUGGUUCCAACUCGUGUGAGAUUAAAAUUUUGCUUACAGUCGUUUGUAUAUGGUCUAUAAAAAAGAAUGCUAUUUUUAUACAUAUUAAUUCGUUUUUUUUCUUGCGGAAUAAUCUUUAAACGAUAGAAGGAAGAACAAUAUA